UCGGGGAACCGGGAAACGAGAGGCGGUCUAGAGGAGGGUGGGCAGGAUGAGAGGUCUCAAGAGGGGCGUGGGUCUGAGCAUCCGCCCCGGUUCUCCCUGCUGUCCUGUCGCGCUGCAGCCCAGCGACCACCGUUUGUCCGUAAAGUCUGCAGAGCACCCCCUCCCCGGGCAGCGGGACCUGGCAGGCUGGGGCUAGUCGUGCUGCCGCCUGCCCGCCGCGCUGGCCGGCUGUGCCCGGAGGGCCGCGCGGGGCGGAGAUCAGUCGGCGGGGGCGGGCGCCAGUCUAGGCGGCAGGUCCGCGCGCAGCACUCGCCCGCAGAGCCUCGCGGAGCAGCCGCCGCCACCGCGCGCCCCCAGCUCGCCCUGGGUGGCCUCUGCCCGCGUCUCCAGGAGGGCAGCGGCACACGUGCCCGGCCGCGAGACCCACGCCGCAGGCUUGAGAAAGGAAACACCUGUAUUUGCCACAAUGCUCUCAUCCAGUGACUUUGCAUCUGCUUCCUGGGAGCUUGUGGUCCGAGUUGAUCAUCCAAAUGAAGAGGAGCAGAAGGACAUCACACUGAGAGUGUCUGGAGACCUGCACAUUGGGGGAGUGAUGCUCAAGUUAGUGGAACAGAUAAACAUAGCCCAGGACUGGUCAGACUUUGCCCUUUGGUGGGAACAGAAACAUUGCUGGCUUCUGAAAACACACUGGACUCUGGACAAAUGUGGGGUCCAGGCAGAUGCAAAGCUUGUCUUCACCCCUCAGCAUAAAAUGCUUCGCCUCCGCAUGCCAAACAUGAAGACAGUCCGACUGCGAGUCAGCUUCUCGACUGUGGUCUUCAGAGCUGUCAGCGACAUCUGCAGAGCCCUGAAUAUUAGAAGAGCAGAAGAACUGUCCUUAUUAAAGCCUUCAGGUGAAUAUUUCAAAAAGAAGAAGAAAAAAGACAAAAAUAAUAAGGAGCCCGUAAUUGAAGAUAUUUUAAACCUGGAGGGUUCUCCAACAAUUUCAGGUCCAUCUGUAAGUCCUGGCUUAUACAGUAAAACCAUGACCCCCACAUAUGACCCCAUAAACGGAACACCAGCAUCGUCCACAAUGACUUGGUUCAGUGACAGCCCUCUGGCAGAACAAAACUGUAGCAUCCUGGCAUUCAGCCAGCCCCCACAAUCACCAGAAGCACUUGCUGAUAUGUACCAGCCUCGGUCUCUGGCUGACAAAGCCAAGCUUAACGCAGGUUGGCUAGACUCCUCACGUUCCCUUAUGGAACAAGGCAUCCAGGAGGAUGAGCAGCUGCUGUUACGAUUUAAAUACUACACUUUCUUUGACUUGAAUCCCAAAUAUGAUGCUGUCCGAAUAAACCAACUCUAUGAACAAGCCAGGUGGGCCAUUCUCUUAGAAGAAAUUGACUGCACAGAGGAAGAAAUGUUGAUCUUUGCAGCACUACAGUAUCACAUUAGCAAACUGUCGUUGUCCACUGAAAUACAGGAUUUUACAAAUGAGUCUGAGGUUGACGAAGUAGAAGCAGCACUUUCUAAUUUGGAAGUGACCCUGGAAGGUGGAAAAGCAGACAACACUUUGGAGGACAUUACUGAUAUCCCUAAACUUGCAGAUAAUCUCAGAUUAUUUAGGCCCAAAAAGCUAAUAUUAAAAGCUUUCAAACAAUAUUGGUUUGUCUUUAAAGACACAUCUAUAGCCUACUUUAAGAAUAAGGAACUUGAACAAGGAGAACCAGUUGAAAAAUUAAACCUUAGAGGUUGUGAAGUUGUGCCAGAUGUAAAUGUAGCAGGGAGAAAAUUUGGAAUCAAAUUACUAAUCCCAGUUGCUGAUGGUAUGAAUGAAGUGUAUCUGAGAUGUGACCACGAGAGUCAGUAUGCCCAGUGGAUGGCUGCCUGCAUCUUGGCAUCAAAGGGCAAAACCAUGGCAGACAGCUCCUACCAGCCAGAGGUCCUCAACAUUCUUUCUUUUCUGAAGAUGAAAAACCGGAACUCAGCAUCUCAGGUGGCUUCUGGUCUCGAAAACAUGGACAUAAACCCGGAAUGUUUUGUGUCACCUCGGUGUGCAAAAAAGCACAAGUCUAAACAGCUGGCAGCCUGCAUUCUGGAAGCCCACCAGAACGUGGCCCAAAUGCCCCUGGUCGAAGCCAAGCUGCGAUUCAUCCAGGCAUGGCAGUCUCUACCUGAAUUCGGCCUCACCUACUACCUUGUCAGAUUUAAAGGAAGCAAAAAAGAUGACAUUCUGGGAAUUUCAUAUAAUAGGUUGAUUAGAAUCGAUGCAGCCACUGGGAUCCCAAUUACAACAUGGAGAUUUACAAAUAUGAAACAGUGGAAUGUAAACUGGGAAAUCCGGCAGGUGGCUAUCGAGUUUGACCAGAACGUCUCCAUUGCGUUCACCUGCCUGAGUGCGGAUUGCAAAAUCGUGCAUGAGUACAUCGGAGGCUACAUUUUCCUGUCCACCCGCUCCAAGGACCAGAAUGAAACGCUUGACGAGGACCUGUUCCACAAGUUGACCGGCGGCCAGGAAGCUAUUUGAGAAGACAGAUCUCUGCAAUUCUGGGGGCCACCUCAAGACAGCUUUGGCUGGGGACUCUUCAGCCCUGAGGCAGAAGUUGUCACUGAAGUUCCUCUUUCAGCCUCACCUUAGAAGUGAAUGUUAGUGAAGAAUCUUCAGGCAAUACCUGAACUUCUGAGGCCUAGCUUAAAGAUUAAUUGUGCCUCAGGCACUUGACUCAUCUGGUGCAUGUCAUAAAGAACUGAGUCUGAAAAUCCCUGGUGGCUCAGAGGUUAAAGCAUCUGCCUGUAAUGCGGGAGACCCAGGUUCAAUCCCUAGGUUAGGAAGAUCCCUUGGAGAAGGAAAUGGCAACCCACUUCAGUAUUCUUGCCUGGAGAAUCCCAUGGACAGAGGAGCCUGGUAGGGUACAGUCCACGGGGUUGCAAAGAGUCAGACAUGACUGAGCAACUUCACUCACUCACUCAUACAGAAACCAGUGCCAAGUGAACGGUGUUGAAGUUGGUGGUUAUUUCUCCAUAGUCCUGGGUCCCAUUAUUUUAGAACCUAGCUGGGCCCUAGAUUAAAAUAGUGCUCCUUGAUGUCACAGUUUACCUGUCUGCUGUCAAAUACAGCUCUGCCUAAUUUACCAAAGCUAGACCUUUGGUUCAACUUUCUUCCUCAGCUUUUCCUAGUUGUCUGAUAUUUCCAUGUAAAACUCAAAAGAGUUGACUGGUUUUAACCAGACUUUUAAGGGAGCAUUUCUUCCAUGACUACACAGCAACAUCCCAGAGGAAAAAGCAAGUGUGACAAAAAUCAUAAACAUUGCUAUUCUAAAGAGCAACUUACAGAUUUUUUUACAUUGGGUGCAAAGGUCACCUGACUUCCUAUGAUGAAAUUUGAAAUUAAUGUGUGGAUUUCAACCUUGUUUGUUUUCUUAUCUAUGGCACAUGGGGAAAUCUGCAUUUUUUUGUUAUUUUAUAUGACGUUUUUAAAGUUUUCUACAGAUUUGAA